CGCGCUCGCUCUCCCUCUCCCUGUAUACUCUCGCCUCUCCUGGUUAAACGAAUGACGUAUACGACGUGUAGCCUCACCUACCGAUACUAUCACUGUGUGUAUUUACACACACACCCAUUCCACCCACUUAGAUGCACUCACAGGCUUAAGAUGUACUUCACCUGUGUUUGCCUCCUCAGUCUCUCUCUCUCGUGAACCCUGGGUUCCGUAGACUUUCGGGCUAUUCCUCCUUUACCUGCUGUUCUGCAUACACACAAGCACCCAUUUAGUGGCGAGGUUCUCUCCUCUGAGAGCAGCGACACGACCAAGCAGCUGUAACGGCUCUUGCCCCUUCAUACUUACUGCUCUCCGCUCACAGGGCCUCAAACAUACUGGUUGAUAUUGUGUACCUGUGUGUUUGUGAAGAGGGGAGGGGGGGGGAAUAGGGAUGUGAACGUCUGUGCGCGUUCUGGAUUCUGUAAUUUCUUUACCUUGUCUCUCUCUUUUUGUUUCUUUUGAUUGUCUUGUCUUUUUUUGAAACCUGGGUAGAAUUAUUAUAAUUUUUUUUCUAACUAAACUGAAAACUUGUUCAGUCAUGUGUAAUGUGUUAAGUGCACUGAAAGAAAAUAUAUUAAAGGGUGUUGCCAGUUUGUCAUCCCAUACCUGAAAAUGUUCUUUUUUUUUUUUUUUUAUUCUUUUUUUUUAAACCUGAUUAUUUCGAGUCCCUCAUAGCACAAUGGUGCAAACAGCUGUAGUGUUGAGAAACUGCUUCGCCUUACCUCAUUGUGGUUUAAAUGGGAGCCACAUGGAAGCCUUCAAAGGCUUUGAAGUUUCUCUUUGGACAUUUUCAGCAUGUUCAGUAAUCUCAUUGUUUUGCUGAAACAAACUGAUGCAAACCAAGCUUUGUAGCUGGCUUUAUGUCCUCUGUUUGAGGACUUCAAGGAAAUUAAGAUUUAAAAGGCUUUGGACUUGUCAAAACUGCAGCUACUGCCACAAUUGUGCUACAGAUUGAUUGGAAUGGUCAGGUGUAACAAUUUUAGUACGAUAAGAAUUGAAAAACGCUGGAUUCCUUCUUAAAGUAAGUCUUUCUUUGUUCUCUCUCAUUUGAUUGUUUAUUAAGUGGGUUCUACCUUUUUCUUAAGUUUGAUCAAACCUGUGGAAAUGCUCUGUAAUGCAGAAAAAAAGGCUUGACAUUGAAAAAAAAAAAAAAAAAAACCUGCAUGUUGACCACAACUGUAGUCCUAAAAUGUCAUUACCAAUCAUGUAAGCCCUGCCCACCUCGAUUUCCCUUGUGUGGAUUGUCUAGUGCCCCCUGUUUUGUUUUGUAUUGGACUGCAUAUUAAGUGGGUAUAAGGGGUGUAUGGUUUUCCGAAUGCUGCUGUGAAUAUAAUAUAAAUGGUUAAUAUAAGUAAAUAAAUAAGCUUUUUGGGAAACUAAAAAAAAAUGACACGUAAUGUUUGUAUAUGCAAACUCGGAAUCAUAAGUAACUUUUAAUAAAGAUUCCAGGAAGUGAUUUAAUGGUGUCAUGUCCUUUUCUGAACAGAUACAACUAGACAGGGUGUAGUGAUUCUGGGGGCCCAGGAAAAUGGCAUUCCAAUAGAACACUACACUCUUGGAUAACAGCAUUAUAUUUGACCAGUAUGUGCAGAUUCUCAGUGAUUUUCUAUAACUUACUUCAACAUUCAGGUUGUUCUCUGACUGGUCCUCCAUAAUAUAUAUAUCCUCUAGAGUGCGCUAGUCAAGAAACGUCCCAGUACUGAGCAUAUUCCAUUGCUACCUGCAAACAAGGAAAUGUGCCGUUUCAGCUGUUCAAAGAAAGCCGGUGAGAUUUCUCUUGUCCUGCCGUCUUACAACAGACGAUGGUGUUAGUGUUAUCAGUAGUCACACCCGUGGGAGUAUUAACUGGAAAUGGUAUUCAUUAUUUCAAAACCCUCACUUGGCGAUAGAAUGAUGGCUAGUUGACGUGCUCGUUAGCUUAACGUUUCCUUUUUAAAUAACCUUAGCGGCUAUCAAUCUGACAGCCAACCAUUACCAUGGUAAGGUAGCAAGGCGGCGAGUAUCUGGUGUUGUUGUGUUGAAAAGUUUGAGAUCCCUAAAAUCGCUGGUACGUCAAGAUUUUUUUGCUAUUGAAAUAUGUUCGAAGUGCUCAUUCGUACAAGGAAAAGUUACAGCUGAGCCUGGAUCAUGUACAUGUCCAUUCUUAGUCAUUGGCUUUGGUCCUGUAAGUAAGUUAUGGGUAGCCUACACUUGUUAAUGUAGCAUGCGUUAGCGUUAGAGAUAAUAGGUUUUAUUAAUAGCAUUUGCCCUGAUCGUCCUCCAGUCUAUAAACGCUCCGCUCAGGACUUCAUGAUAAUUAAACCAGUUCGACUGCAUCUGGCUUUCCUGUGAAGGGAAUUAAAUGUCAGUAAUGUCAGACACCGUCGUCAGAAACUGUGGUGUAAGUGAGGGAAAUGAGGAGGACAGACGAGAACUUCGAGCUGACUCACCUUGCAGUGGAAAUCUUAUCGGGAAUUCUGUUAGACAGAAGAAGCUCAUCCUUCACAUUGACCUGAACAAUACAAUUUUAGUAUCCGAUGCCGUGACUAAGCAAGGGACUGUCGCUGCUUUGGACUACUUUCUUUCUUCGGUUACUUGGGGACAUAUGUCAAAAGGUAAAUGGGAGUGGAUGUGUGAGGCUCCCUCCCUUUCCCCACCCUGCAACGAUGCCGUCAGCUACUACUCCAAGUUCGGCCGAGUGGCAGGCUUCACCAGCGCAGGACCUGGACGGAAGUUUCGCGGGGUUCUGGAGGAGCACCUGGCCCUGCUGCGCUGGCCUGCAGACCUGCCUGAAGACAAGGAGUUAUCUGUCAGAGGGGAGGAUGGCCACCUUUACCACUGGAUCCUGCCCUCUUUCUUCCAGCUGCUCCAGGACCUGGCCUCUCAGGGCAGGGACUUUGCCAUCUUAUUCCGCACGUUUGGCACUGACCUGCCCCGGGUCCUGUCGGUGGUCCGCAGAGCCCUGAUCCAGGGGACCCAUCCACUAUUCCCUGACCUCCCUGCACUAAAGCUCUCUGUGAGUGAAACCCCUGGCCAGAUCCGCUGCAGUGCCAAGGGCGCGGUUCUGAUCCGAGGGGAGGAGAAGCUGUCGUCUCGCGAUGGAGACCGAGGCAUCUACCAGUACCUCAGCUCUAUGGAAGGCCUUGGAGGCUUUCAGGACCACUUUGACUGGUGGGCACGCAACACCUACUCCAUCUUGGGUGGGAAGCCUUUAUGGGUGGACCCUUUUGAUCCCAAUGUCCAGCACAUCUUCGUUGAUGAUAACAUUCGGCAGACAGAUGAGGAUACAAUUGUCAACCCCAAGGUGUUUCUGGACCCUGAAGGCUCCCAGACCCGCACGGCUUGCACAUCGGAGCUGUACGACCUCUGCCUGGUGCAGAACGACCUCCUGCAGGCCAUCUCUGACUCCAGCUACUUCAGCAAGCGCAUCCAGAUCUGCCAGGAGAACUACGAGAGGAACCUGCAGCAGGGCACCGGCUAGACCACGUAGCCCCCAUCAUCUUGCAUGGCAAAGAUAGAGGGAGGAAGGAAUGGAAAAAAGGGGGGAGACAAUUUGAUGGUAUUAAAAGGCAGGGGGCUGUAUUUAUUUGAUACAUUAUAUGGCAGCCUUUUUAGUCCUGUCGGAGUGUUGGAUGUAUGGCUUUUGAGUGGCUUUGUUCCAAUAACGUAUAGUGUAAAGGUCAGACUUGUUUUCACUUCCUGUUCUUCCCUUCCUUCCUCCUUUCAGAGAAGAUGUUGAUACCCCCUGGCAGUUUUUUAGGCAAUUCCCUACCUCCAGCAUUUUUUUUUUUUUUUUUUUUAAGAAGCUGUUGUUUUUUCUUACUGAUAUAAUUCCAUUUGAAAGCCUGUACUUAACAUAUAUGUACGAUUUCCUGUUAGCCUGCCUAAAACAUUGCAAGGGGUAUCAUUGCCAAAGGACCUUAGUUCUCUAGAGCUGACACCAACAUGCGUGAUGAACUUUCAGUUCUCACAUGAAUGUCUCUUCAAUCCUCAUUUUUUCUCUCAGGGCUGAUUGAUGCCUAGUGUUAGAAAUGCAAAAUAUUUUUGUAGAAUUAUUUUCUUUGCUGUUGUUUUUGAAUGGCCUAUCAAAAUAGAUUUAUACAGAGUAAGAUUUGUUGUGGGUAGGUCAUAGUAGAAGGGUGAUGGGAUCAGGCUAUGUGUGCUUUUUGCUUUUAGUCCAUUGACAUUAGGUCCAUUUUUAUCCUCAAUUGAACUUUAUUUAGACUUCACGAAAGGUUGGCCAAUAACGUUUAUUGUAAAUGGAGCACAAACUGUGGCAGCUCACAGUUGUUCAAUUGCUCCAGUCUUCCACGUCAUGCAGAAACAGGUCAGUGUGCAUUGGGCAGUGCACUGCCUAAUGGUUCAUAAAUGCAGAAAGCAUACAAAGGAAACCAUAUCCUUUCCGUGGAAUUCUUGCACAUACUGUAUGUUCAAGUUUUCCAUGUUUCCCAGGUCAGAUGAAUACAGUAUGUAUGAUCUCUGAAAUGUAGCACUGGUUGAUGGUGAGCUGUUUAAUUUUGCCUUUUACAACUACAUCAAGAAUACAAUGUCUUCCAUCAGCGACACAUUUGGAUUUUUGCAUCACAAGGGGAUGUUCAUAUGCACUGGAUAUUGACUAGCUGUGGCAGAUUUAGCACUUGCUUAAGUUAUUUAUCUAUGCUUGCUCUUAUUUAUUUGAGUAUGUGUUAGCAUAUCUCAGUUUUGAAGGGUUAUUUGCACUUGAGUUGACUACUUGAGGUCUUGAGAGACUCUAUAUUCUAGGAAUGUGGCCUCGCCUGAGGUAGAGUUUUGUUAAGGACUAGAUCUACAGGAUUUGUCAGGCACCACUUGGAAGGACACGUUCUCUCGUUACACAGGACAGAAAGAAAUGCAUUCAUAUUUUAUAUUUAGUAGAAGUUUGUGGUUUUAGAAAAGAUGUCCGUCUCUAACUGCGAUUAUGUCAUCAAAGUUAUCUACCACCAAUUCAAUCUGUCAUCUGUUCCUCCUGAUAGGAACAACAGAGACAUGAUGGGCCCACUGUGCCUUUGAGCACAGACCAGGCCUAUCCCUACACUUCAAAAUAAAAGUCAUGAAUGAA